CCACUUCCGGUCGAUUAAUUUCACCCACAAAUGGGCGCACUGCGGAGCCUCUCCAGAAUGGCAGAGCAGCACAAGCCCUCCUCCGCCAUUCAAGCUCUCUACGACCUCUGCCGAGAUACUUUCACGCCCUCUGCCUCCUCGUACCCGCCGCCUCCGACCGCCAUUGAGAAGCUGACCUCGUUGUUAGACACAAUUGGUCCUGCUGAUGUUGGUCUUAGUGAUGCAAGUAAAGAGGAUGACAGGGGCCGUGGUCCUUUUGGAAUUCUUUCGUUCAGUAGAGUAGAUCGAUGGGCUCAACCAAUAAACUAUGUGGAUAUACAUGAGGGAGAAAAUUUCACUAUGUGCAUGUUUUGCUUCCCUACGUCUGCUGUUAUUCCUCUUCAUGACCAUCCUGGAAUGACUGUUUUCAGCAAGGUAUUAUAUGGUUCCUUGCAUGUCAAGGCUUAUGAUUGGGUAGAGCCAGCUUGCAUCCGUAAAAUUGAAGGAAACAAUAAGUCGUCAGUUACGGUGCGACUGGCUAAAUUGGCAGCGGACAAAGUUCUAACUGCACCGUGUAAUACUUCUGUCUUGUAUCCAAGGAGAGGAGGAAAUCUACAUGCUUUUACUGCAGUAACUCCUUGUGCUAUUCUCGACAUCCUUGCACCUCCUUAUGAUGACUCUGCUGGCAGGAAAUGUUCCUAUUACCAUGAUUAUCCUUGCCCCAUCAGCCCUUUAGAUGAGGAUGGAAGUGGCUCUGGGAAAGACGAGGAAUAUGCUUGGCUUUCGGAGAUCGACACACCUCCUGACCUCCAUAUGGUGUCGAGAAACUACGCGGGUCCGUCUGUAAAGAAAUGAAGGCAUAUUAUAAAUUGGGUACAAUCUUAAUCCUCUGUUAUUAUACUUGUUUCAUAUCUCCUGUCUAGCAACUACAUGUUAUAGGAGCCAUAUUCCUUUUACGAAGCUAUUUACACAAAGUGCUUACUUUUCUAGCUGAUGCUGAGUAUUUUUUGUCCCCAUUCUUACAAUAUGGAUUGGUGUUUGAUGGAAAAAGUCCGAUUGCUGGUUUUAUGAA